AUGCAUUCCGCAAAGACCAUCCUAUUUCUUGGAGCCACCGGUGGCUGUGGCUUGUCCGCCCUCCGCCGCUCUCUCGAUGCCGGCUUCACGUGCAUCGCCCUGUGCCGCACUCCGUCCAAGUUGACCUCCGUCCUCUCCGCAGAGACAUACCCCGAAUUACACGUCGUCCAAGGCAACGCACACGACGCCGAGGCCAUUGCCAAAUGCCUCGUCUUGCCUCAUGACGCAACCCGCUUCGUGGACGUCGUCGUGUCCACCAUCGGCGCCUGGUUCGAGAUGAGCAAGAUGAACCUGGAGGAUGCCCACGUCUGUGAAAAGGGCAUGGCUGUUCUUCUCGACACCAUUAAGAAGCUUCGCGCCGAGAAGAAUGUUACUGGAAACCCCCGUAUUAUUGGCCAGAGCAGCACCGGCAUCUCCAAGUUCGGGAGGGACACGCCGCUUGUCAUUUACCCUCUCUACAAGGGUCUUCUGCACACACCACACGAGGACAAGCGCGCUUUGGAAGAGCUCCUGUUCAACUGCGAUGAGGACUGGACUGUGCUACGGGCCAGCUUCCUCACCAACGGCCCAGAAGUACAGGGGUACGCAAUCAAGGUCGGCGUAGAGGACCCCGUCGAUGGCGUCGAAGAGUUGGCUAUUGGCUACACCAUUUCUCGAGAGGAUGUAGGCAAGUGGAUGUUUGAGAAUAUCUUGAACAAAGAUGGAAAGGAUCGGUACGUUCGCAAGGUUGCAACUAUCACCUACUGA